AAAAAAUAUGCCAGAAGAACUUAUCUACCGUCUGGCGAAGAAGUCAGAUGCGCCUGAUGUUUUGAAUUUUCUACUGGAGCACUAUUUCCCGCUGGAGCCGUGUACCAGGGCCCUAAAACUAAUCAAAUCUGAAGCGGAGGUACUCUACGAAUCGCUGGUGGCGAGAUGCCUCCAAUUCCCAUUCUCAACAGUAGUCACUACACAGAGCGGAGAAAUUGUGGCUUGCCUGGUGAAUUCUGCCUGGAAACGAGAUGAUAAUGCUGUGGAGGGUGCUGAUUAUGAAGUUGAUGAAGGGUUGACAGAGAAUAUGACUGCUUUUAUCAAAAUGCUCAACACAUGCCACGAAGAUUUCUGGAAUCUAGCUCCCCAAAACAUAAAUGUAGUGCUCCACCGUGAAGUCUCAAGUGUAUCGGAAAAGUAUCAGCGACGUGGAAUCGCUACGAAAAUGCUCACAACCAAUAUGCCAAAAGCCAAACUUGACGAAUAUUCAAUUGAUGGUGUGCUCUCUGAAACGUGUUCCUUCGGAAAUCAGGUUCUUCUGGAAAAACAUGGCUUCAAGUGUCUCAAGACGAUACCCUACACCGGCAUUGUGGAUUCUCAAGGAAAUCAGAUUUUGAAAACGGAUGACGGAUCCACGGAGUUGAAGCUUAACUUCAAGCUUAUCGGCGAUUUUGAAAUUUUGGAUUAAUUUGUGUUUUUAUUUUUUUCAAGUUAGGGCAGGCCCUCACUUAAUAAAAUUGUGUUUCAGUAAAUUUGUU